GUUCGCGGUGUAAUAGACGGAGCGUGCCGUUAAAAAUGGCGGGAUAUCGUGAAAACGAAAAGUUUCAAACAAACUUUUUAACGUAGUAAAUCGAAACACAAGUUGUGUUUUAUCAAUGAUACUGUAUAUAAAACUGCAUUUUAAUUCAGAGUAAUGUAAAAAGUGUUCGAAUACUUGCCGGGAUGUCGGUUAAUUUGAAGUGGCGGUUACCUGACGUUUUUUGUGUGGUGAUGAAUGUAUGACGGAAUUACGUUUAAUUCGCGGCAAAAGGAAUGGGUGAAUAAGUUCGGCAUUCGUAGGAACUGCAGUUGAGAUGCCUUUCGUGCAGCGCGUUGUGGAUCCGAAGUUUCUCUCGCGGACGAGUUUGCGAGACGAGAAUGGAAGGCCCAAGGUCACGGACGAGGAGCUGCAGGCCGUAACCAACUGCACCCUGAGCAAUGCUCUCCGCCAGCUGGCCUCGCUCGUGCUCCUAGCGGAGGAUAUCUUCAGCGAGCUGACGACGCAGCUCGAGGGAAUCUCCGAAAGAUCCAAACUCGCCAGGACCAAGAUCGAGAAGAUCAACGACAUCGUCGAAAAAUAUGACCCGAAGAAAGUACCAGUCCCGGAGGGCAGCCUGUCAGACUUUGCGCUACGCAAAGUCCACUACACGGCUACGCACACUCUACUGAAAGGGAUUUUCACGCCAGACACACGGCCAGCGAGCUUACGCAACUUAUACGAGAAGGCGACCACAGAUCGCCUAUCACGGUCCAUACUAGACGAGCUGAGACGAGACUCGCAACAUUCCCCAUAUCUUCUCUGUACUCCCGUGCUGACUACAAAAAGAAGAAGGAUCGGCCGCAAAGUUGAUGUGGAAAUCGAAACGCACAUUCCUGCUGUCGUAGAGCAACUUCGAAAAUGGACGUCGAAGGAGGCUAUUGGCGAUGUAACGGCGCUCCCAGACGCUUCCAUGAGGAUCACGAGCUGCGUCACCCUGACUCCAGACGAGCUCUCCGAGUGUGGGUCGGGAGACGACGAACCCAUUGACCACAGGUUGCCCAGCCCCGAAGAACAACUCAGAGUUAUAGCGUCCAAGUUCCCACCGGAACUCGUGGCAAUUGAUACCUCAGGGAAGUUCUUCGACAGAAUGUGUACUUCGCGCAAAUCGCUACACUUAGAUACAAUUACCGGGGAGACUGAUACGGUUAAGAGACGGACGCGAACGAGAAAACCCCGGGGUAAAAGACGCAACACAAUUUCCGGCACUGAUCAGAAAGAGCUUAGAGAGGCUAUUGCUGGCGAUACACCAAAUGCCGUGGCUUCUGAAGAAGUUGAAGAUAAUACUGUCAUAAGAUCGAGGUCUAGUGAUUUGCUUAAGAAGAGCCCGAUAGACCCUAACACGAAGAAAAGUCAUUUUAAUAGCUUAAAGCAAUGGGGUAAGAAUAGAUUAAAACUGAUAGGCCGAUCACCGAGUGCCAGUAGAGAUAGUUUCAAAGAAUCAGCAAAAUGUGAUAAAAAUAAAGAGACGAAAUCCCCAGUUAAGCCCGAAGAGGAGAAAGUACAGGAAACAGUAACAAUGAGGAAGAAACGACCUGGUGAAGAAGAACGUCGAACGCACCAGAGGUGUGCUUCCUAUUCUUCAUCUGAAAAAAGUAUUGGAUUGCCUUCUGCUAUUCAGUCGACCGCAACAGUCAACGUCAAGUUAAGGCCUUCCACUCAAAGAAGAAUAAGACGCUCAGCCAUUGGUAAAGAAGAACCUCAUUCGUCUAGCGGAAACUGGUCAGCAAGUUCCGAAUCAGGGCGAACAAGCAUUGGCUCGGAAAUAACUACAACAACGAUACCGCCAAAAAGUACAACUUCUGCAGGAACGUCUAAUAACUCUCUGAAUUUGCAUCAUGGCCCUCCAAGUUCGAUUAUUAGCAGGAGAAAGUUCCUUAAUACAUCAGGAUCAGGCAGUGUCACAAGUGAGGGGACACUUACUCCCGAUAUUAUUCAUGAUAUGCACGAAGAUUUAGAGACGAGUUCAGAAUUUUCGUGUGAUACUGAAGGGUAUUAUACAUCUUUCCAUAUGGAUUCAGGAUUAAAAACAUUGAAGGAAGAAGAAGUUUCUCCUGGGACACCAAUGCAUACUACGAUAGCUCUGUCUAAUUCUUCCAAUAGCCAAACAGCAGAAAAUGAGUAUGAACUUUUUGGUAAAGGAUCUACAAGCACGACGACUAGUUCAGCCGGAACUGUUUGUACUACUCUUAUGGCUGCAGGAAGUGACAGGUCUUUAGCUAAUGGCCCUACAGUUCCUGAACGUAAAAGCUCUCUUACAAAACCGAUCCGAAAUCGCGGAAACAAUUCGAGCUCAAGUUUAGACCGCAGUAAUAAUUCCUCUUUCUCAAAGUCACCUUUUAGUAGUCUGAGGUAUACUGCUAUGAGAUCAUACGCCGAAAAAUAUAACUCGGCUAAUAUAGAAGCGACAGAAAUACCUACUUCUACUGUAACUAUAACUGGUAAUGUCGGAAAUCAUAAAGAAAUAACAGCUGUCGCUGAAAUCCAUACAGAAACCGAAUUAGAAAGUGCAAAGAAAAGCACAGGUACAAGCUCUCCUGACUCAGGUCACAAUACGUCUAGUUCACCUAUAGAAGAUUCAGUUUCUAGUGCUCAUGGCAAAAAUAGCCUUUCAGAACAAGACUUUUCUGAAUCUUCUGAUCUAGAAGGUACCGACAGAAUUGAAAGAAUAAGAUCUAAGACAACUAUAAAUAGUUCUAGAAUUCCUUCGAUGUGUGUUAUAACACCAACAAAUUCAGACGAUGAAAGCGAGAAUGGUCAACGUGGUCAUGAAAGUAAGAAAUCUCAUAGCUCCAAAACUUGUGAUAAUAAUAAUAAAAUAUCUUGUAGACCGAAAUUGGAAGUGCCUAGUGAUGAAACACAGAAAGAAAUUAAAUCUUACGAAAAUGGGAAAGUAACCAAACCUUUAUCCCAGUUAAAACCAUCGCUUCAUCCAUUCAACAACUUAAUGUGUAAAUUGAAGGGAGUUUUGCCAAAUAAACUUUCGAAUAAAAAAUCGCCCCUGCCUAAAGAAACAGAGACGUUAGAAGAUUUUUAUGACUCAGGAGAUUAUGUAACGAUAGCCGAUGUAAAGAAUAAUAAUCAGAAGUUUAACAUGAAUAGGGCCCCAUAUGCUAAUAAUGACAUAGUAAAGAAAAACUUACAAGCCGUUUUAUCUGGACGGCUUCCAGAAACUGAAUACGUGUCACUAAAUGAAUUGCCUAACAAUUUAAAUGAUUCAAAAGAGUAUAACUUGGACAACAGCUUUGACGAAAAAUCAACUGCAACAUACGAAGAACUACAUAAAAAGGGAGCAAAAGUCACACUAGAUUCAGAGGGUCAAGUGAUUUAUUCAUCCGAUACUUUAAAGAGAAGGAAAGGAGCUCAUACCACUUUUGAACCAGGUCCAUUUGUACAAGAAAUAUGCCCCACAACUACAAUAAUUCAAAGAGAAAAUGCCGAUGUGGUAAAAAUUGUAGACGAAGUGGAUAAUCAAUUACCGUCACCUUCAUCGAGCAAACCAACUUCACCGCAAUUAGGAAAAAUGAUAAUUAAAGCACCUUCACAACCACAUGGACCAAUGACGACCGAAUUCGUUUCUUUACCUCCGCCUAAGCCAAGCACAAUUAUCGCGGCUACACCUGUAACUACCACACAAAUAUCAAACGUAUCACCAACUGUUGCAGUCACUAAAACUAAACAAGAUAUUCCUAGAGUUGUAGAAGCUAUGACCAGAUCUGGUGCCUAUGUAAAUAUACACGACGCAGAUGGUGUCAGCUUAUCACCGACGAAAGAUGAUAACGCAGUGAACGAGAAUGCUUCCAAUGGUUGCGACUUUGUUAACUACAAGUCCUUCGAAGACUAUCGACAUUCCAGUGCUGACAGAGGCGUGCUAAUUAGAACCCAAGAACUAGUCCAAGUUCCAAAUAAACCUGAAUAUAAUGCUGCAAAUUCCUAUCAACAGCGCUAUUAUACCACACAGAGAGGAAAACAUGGGACACUUAAUCAUCGUAGCACUACGGAUACGCUACAAAAUUCACAACCAAAGUUUUGGACGCUUCCAAAGAGAACCACUUUCGAACAAGUUCAACAGCUCCCGAUAUACCAAAAUAGCAGUUAUAAUCUCACUGAACCAGAUCGCGACUUCGCACGAAAGACUGACGAAUCUAUUAAGAUAUCCCCCAUAGAUCCACGGACGGCUACAAAUUUCAAAUCUUCGACACCAACUAACAAAGAGAAUGUGGUAGAUUUAUCUUCGAAGCUUCUCUCGCCUGUCAAAUCCACAAUGACCAAUGAGGAGUUAUACGCAGUGAUACAUAAAAGCAAAAAGAAGUUAAAUAUUAAGGAAACUCCAGAAAGAGCAGAAUCUCCUUCGAUAUCCAUUAGAAGCCUAUCACCGGUGACAUCUGAAACAGCAGUAUACAACAAGGGCACCCAACGUCAUCCUGAAACGGGAUAUUUAGGAGACGCUAGAAACAAAAUAAAUUGGCUACACACCGAUAGACAAGGCGUUUGUAUGUCGCCAACUAAUAAUAUUGGCUUGCAAAAGCAGGAAACCACUUGCGCCGAUCGCUUCGGCCCCUUGCCUCAGACUUCCAGACUCGAUUUUAAAAGGCUGCUCCUACAACAUAGUGUCAAGCUCAAUACGAUGAACGUGCAACAGAAAACAAAUAAAUUAUCAGCCGUAGAACAACUGAAAUUGUCGAAAGAAAAAGCACAAGUACCAGUGACACCUCCGAGCAACAAGUCCCAUGUUAACAUUCUCGAUUUGAGCGGAUCGCCAAAAACAUACGCUCACAGAAAAGUCAUGAAAACAAAUAACCAGCCAGUCUCUCCUGGUAGAGCCAACGCUUUAGUCAAGGAGCAUAAAAACUCUACCAAAAUUCUACUUUCACCCAAGUCUCAGUGGCGAUUCGCUAGCCCACGAUCCGAUGUAUUGUCCACUCCGAUACCCGAAGCGAACAACGAAGACGAAUCGAAUAGUUCCGGUGAAAAAUGUGAUACGAAUCCCGAUAGCCCACCGAAUAAAACAGUUCCUAUAGUGACGAAUCAACAUUUUGGCGCAAGAAGAAAUCUUAUUCCCAUAACCGAACUAAAUUUAAAGCAAGAUCGUAAUUCCUCCGGUUCUAUUGAGCAGGGGGUGUUUCCUCUUGGUGCAGACUAUCCGAAAACCGGGUUGUCCCGAUCUGAAAUAAUACAAGCGAAGCGUGCAGAAUUUUUCAAUAGUCCACCAGAGCCUUCCCCUCCUAGAUUGACUUCGUUUAAGUCUCCAUCGAAUUCAGUGUCCAAAGGCAGAUCGUCACCUGAAAAGGGGAAAAUUUCGCCUACAACUUUGGAGACCGCCUUAUGAUGGUUUAAAUAAUUGAAUUCUAAUUUCUAUUAUCUAGAGCGGUGCUUUAACUAAUUCCCCUAAUCUUAUCCGUGUGUACAUACAUUGUGGUCAAUGAAAUUUAUAGAAGCUUCAUUCUAGUCCUUUCUAACUUAUUUGUGUGCCAUUUAUGCUGGCAUUCAUUGUAAAUAUUAAAUCCAUUCCUCUCUAUCUUUAUACAUUUGUAUUUUAAUAUUAUAUUUCUGCUUACGUUGCUCUUUUGGGCCAAUCUUGGUUUUUAAAAUUAAGAUUAGUCUUACACUGUAGUUACAAACUAGUGUUAAGUAUUU